CUGGCGCCUACAAGAAGGAGCGCGCGCCCAUGAUGCCGCGUGAGCGCAAGGUCAAGCGCUCGUUCAUGACGUGGCUCGUUGGCGACGGCACCGAGGACGACGACGACGACGAGCCGGCGCUCUCGGUCUUCGAGGAGCCGCAGGACGAGAUGGACGCCAAGGACGACGCGACGGCGACUGUCGACGACACGGACGUCUUCAGCUUUGACCUGCUCGUCAGCGCCGGCGCACCCUCGGCGAGCAAGAGCAGCGUCGCCAGCCGGGCCUCCUCCUCGUCGGCCUCCUCGACGCAGGGCGGUCGCAGGCCCUUUGGCCGCCCGACGACGCUCGCCUCGGCGAGCAGCGUCGCGUCGUCGUCGUCGUCGUCGUCUCGUGCGCGCACGCGCCCGUCCUCGUCGACCUCUUCCCGAGCCUCCUCCUCGACCUCGACCUCGUCCGCCCGCACCACCUCGACGGUCGCGCCCGCCUCGGCGGCCCAUGUCGCGAGCACGCUCGCCUACUCGGCGACGUACGACUCGAGCGGCGCGCUCGUCGGCCCGUCGUACGCGCACCUCGACCCGUCGCUGUCGCCCGCCGAGCAGUCGUCGCUCGGGCUCGUCGUGCCCGAGGGGUGGGAGUGGGGCGGCGACCACUUUGAGAUCGCGCGGCACCUGUCGAGCGCCGACGUGGCGUACCUUGAGCAGUUGCCGCUCACGCUGUACGUCGACGAGAUCAAGAGCUACGUCGUACACGCGGGCAUGGUCCCAUGGUCGUCGCUCGACCGCGUCCUGUCUCGCGUCACGCCCGCCUCGCCCUCGAGCAAGAGCAAGAGCAACACGGUCCCGGCCUCGCUCGACUCGACGUCGCCCCUGUCGUUCUCGCCGUCGACGUCGCUCGCGCGCCUCCUCUCGCAGCACUCGGCGCGCACGGCCCUCCUCGUCGACAAGCUCAACACGUCGCCGUUCACUCUCCUCAACAUGCGCGGCCGAGGCCGACAUCGAGUGAGCGGCGGCGCGUUCUUCCUCCACGAGCUGGAUCCUCGUGUACCUCUGUCUCUCUCUGUUCAUCUGUAGCUUUUCCCUCGUCCAGACACGCUGUAGCCAUUCAUGAGCAUCCUCUCG